CGGCGGCGGAGGCUGCGGGCUGGGGCGCCUGAGGUGAUGCUUUGUCGCGUCCCCUGCAUUCCGUAGCAGGUCUGGGCUUUCCGCGGAGACUGGUGGAAACGUGCGUUUUUUGAACCUCAUUUGGGUCCUUCGUGGCUCUUAAAUUUUGACGUUCCCUUGAGCAUGAUGGAUUUGCUUUGGGAUAUUCGAACUGAAGUGAUUAUGGAGGAAAUGUUGUCUUUAAGGAAAAUGGAUAAAAGUAACCCAUGUUGAGGAAGCCAUGGCAAAAUCAAACACAAAGCACAGAGUUUGUUCUCAGGAAUCUUCAGUCUCUUCCCUUCUGGCAAGCUGCAAUCUGAAUGGUGGUAAUUCUUCCAACUCUAAUGGCCCUUUUCACUAUAAGGAUAAACUGUACAGUUCUGCUUCUCAGGCUCUGCAGGCCUACAUUGAUGAUUUUUAUUUAAGCCAAAUAUACUCUGAUACAAGCACUGGAAAAAUUAGCAGUGAUAAGAGAUCUGCGAAUGUGCCUCAAUUCUCCAAAUAUAUUUAUAAACCAAACAAUGCUUUUGAAAAUCUUGAUCACAAAAAGCACUCAAACUCCUUAUCAUAUAGAAGAGAGAUUGUUAAUGACAUAGAUUCCAUUAGCCUAACAACUGAUGAUCUGUUAAGACUUCCAGCAGAUGGAUUAUUUUCUUUCACUGAUGUUGGACCAGUAAAACUAUGCAAGAAAAACAAGAAAUGCACUGGAAGACUGGGUUCCUCGGCCAUUAAAAAGCAUCUGAAUUUUCAAGAUUCCUGCACUUCCAUGGGCAAGGAUAACUUAGUUACACGUGUUGUAGACACAAAUAUAAAUGGAAAGCAAUGUAGUAAACUAAAAAGCCCAAAACUUAUGAAUAGGACCAAUAAAUGUAUUUUUGAAUCAUCUUUAUCUUUUCCCAAGAAAUCAUCAUUGAAAGAGAGUUCACAACACAGUCUUGAAAAGAAUUAUCCAAGAUGGCUCACUAGCCAGAAAUCUGACCUCAAUAUUUCAGGGAUAAGUAGUUUACCUGAUUUCAAAUACCCAGUCUGGCUCCACAAUCAAGACUUGCUACCUGAUGCAAGUAGUCAAAAGGUUUAUAAAGUAUUUAAAGAAGACCAUUCUUCCCCUAGACAUAGUUAUCAGGCACAAAGAACUUCUUGGCUUACAAAUAAGUUAGAUUGUUGUGAAUAUUCUUUUGAGCCCUCAAAUUUUUCAAAUUACUUGAGUGAUGAUAAAGGAUUAGUUAAUGAAUACAGAUGUGAUUCUGAACAUAGCCAAUGUCAGUAUGAGAAUCCACUUCUCUCAGGACAAUCCAAAAAGCCAUUCAGUGGUGACAAACUUGAACUGCUUAUCCUGAAGGCCAAGAAAAAUCUGGAUCAGUGUACUGAAGAAUUACCAAAGUCUGUGGAAAAGGAUGACAGUCCUUGUUCAUUAGAUAAACUUGAAGCUGAAAGAUCAUGGGAAAAUAUUCCUGUUACUUUCAAAUCUCCUGUUCCUGUUAAUUCUAAUGAUAGUCCUCGACAAACUUCAAGUGAAAAGUAUGCUAAAGAGGUUCUUGAAGACUUUUUAAACAAUGAUAAUCAGAGCUCUACCCUUUCUGGAGGCAAACAUCAUGGUCCUGUUGAAGCUUUGAAACAAAUGUUAUUUAAUCUUCAAGCAGUACAAGAAAGUUUUAAUCAGAAUAGAACUACAGAUCCAAAAGAAGAGGUAAAAAUUUCAGAGGAUGAUUUCUCUAAAUUACAAUUGAAGGAAAGUAUGAUUCCUAUUACUAGGUCUCUUCAAAAGGCCUUGCACCACUUAUCUCGCCUGAGAGACCUGGUUGAUGAUACCAGUGGGAAACAGUCACCGAAAAUGUGAAGAAGAAAAUAAAAUUGUCACCAAAAUAAAUAGUCACCACAGAACAAAUAUGUAUUUUUUUUCCUAUUACUUAAGCUGACAAAGUAAAUACAAGCCAUGCACUAUUCUGUCAUUGAUUCAAGUAUAUUUCUUGAAGGCUGACCUUGAAAAUGUUCAUAAAUUUGUGACCUAUCUUCAUUUUGUGCCUAAAUAGUAGAAUGUGAACUGAAGGACCCACAAUUUAUGUUAAAGUGUUACUUGAUCUUGAUCUUUAGACCAGGAAAUGUGUAAUAUUUAAACAUGGAUGAUUUUAAUUCUUGAUGUUUUUAUCUAUGCUUAACCUUCUUCAGUAUUCCCUUUUU